GCUCAACCCACACCCUCCUCAGCCACAGCCUAGAUGACCACCGUGUCGUCUGCUCCCGUCCAACCGCUCCUCUUACCAGCCCCAUCUCCACGAGCUCACACUUCCUCCGCUCUUCCACGAAAUGCUCGACGUGAUCACUCAAUUCCCUCCUCCUCCUCCUCCUCCCUCAUCCUUCAUAAAACCAUGCGUGGGGAGUUCUCCCAAUCUUUCCAACUCUUCCGGGAACUCUUGGCGUCCGGAUGGACCCCCGACGAGUUUGCGCUGGGCAGCCUCCUCAAAGCCAGCUCCAACCUCUCCGACUGCUGCCUCGGCGAGCAGCUCCAUGCCAAGUCCAUCCGCGCCGGCCUCGCUUCGGAGCGAGGCGUGCGCACUUCCCUCGUGGCGAUGUACUCCGCCAAUGGCCUCUUGGGGGAAGCCCGCCACGUGUUCGACGAAGUUCCCUUGGCCGAGGAGGCCGACGUCCCGACGUGGAACUCCGUUAUCUCCGCCUACGCCUUUCAUGGCUACUACGAUGAGUGCUUCCUUUUGUUCGGUGCCAUGCUCGGCGCAGCGCAGUUGACGCCAACCGAUGCGACGUACGCGAUCGUCAUCAGCGCAUGCUCGGCGAGCAAAAAAGUUCGCAUCGGCAAGGCGAUCCAUGCGAUGAUCCAGAAAGACCAAAUGCUUGAUGAGAUCAAGAUGCAUAACUCGCUCAUCAGCAUGUACGCGAAAUGGGGUCAUUUGGAGGAGGCGCAGAAAGUGUUCGAGGCGAUGGCUGCCAGGGACGUGGUUUCUUGGAAUGCUAUCAUCUCCGGCCUCGAACAACAUGGUGAAUGCGAGAAUGCAUUGGCAUUUCUCCGUAGGCUGGCAGGACUGAAAGCUCCACCGGUUGUGCAGCCAAAUAGAAUUACUUUUCUCAGCGCGCUGAGUGCUAUAGCCACAAUCUCGGGCUUGAAGUUGGGGAAGGAGGUCCAUGCACGGCUAAUUAGAUCAAAUCUUGAUGGGGAGACGAGCACAGGCAAUUCAUUGAUCACCAUGUAUGGGAAGUGCGGCGAGGUGGAGACGGGGAGGUUGACUUUUGAGAUGUUGCCUUCCCGUGAUGUUAUCAGCUGGAACUCCAUGCUCUCUGGUUAUGCUCAGAACAGCCAGCUCGGUAGCUGCUACGAGCUAUUCAAAGCGAUGCAGCUAUCAGGAUCCAGACCUGAUUUCCACACUAUGACCAUUCUUCUCUGUGCGAUGUCGCCAGGAUCGGUAUCGUCUUCUUCUUGUAGGUUGGGAAGAGAGAUUCAUGGCUAUUUAGUGAGAAGAGCAGCAGUCAAAUCACUGCCCGUUUCCGUUUAUAAUGGCAUCAUAACCAUGUACUUCAAGUGUGAUAGGGUUGGAGAUGCAGAGAAGGUCUUCAAGGGGAUGAGCGAGCGCGACUCCCACACUUGGAACUCGAUGAUCGAUGGGUGUUCGACCAAUGAGCGCUGUCGUGUUGCGAUGAUGCUCUUUGUAGAGAUGCACACGCAAGGCUUCCAGCCAGAUCAUUCGACCUUUUCGAUCAUUCUUACGGUUUGCAGCAGAUUGGUCUCCGUCGAACUGGGAAAGCAGUUGCAUGCGUCCGCUGUAAAGCAAUGCCUCCAUGCUUCCUCUCCUCCGACCUUUUCCUUGUCGGUCAACAAUGCACUUGUGUCCAUGUAUUCCAAGUGUGGUAGCAUAGACGAUGCAGCUCAAUUGUUUGGGAGGAUGCCAAAGAGGGAUGUGUUCUCAUGGACGGCAAUGAUUACAGGAUUUGCACAUCAUGGGAUGGCCUAUCGGUCACUUGAAUCCUUUGAGGCAAUGAAAGCAGAUGGAAUUCGGCCGAACGCAGUUACUUUUCUGGGUUUGCUUAGUGCUUGUGCUCAUGCAGGUCUGGUAGAGGAAGGUGCGCACUAUUUCAAUUUGAUGAGCAAGGAGAGUGACGCUGAGCCAAGCAUUGAGCACUAUGCUUGCCUGGUGGAUUUGUUUGGUCGAUCGGGCCAGUUUGAGAAAGCUGAGGCUACGAUAGAGAUCGCAACUUCUCACCUGGGCCUCGAAGGUGUCUCUUGCUUGUGGCUGUGGAAAGUACUGCUCGGGGCAUGCCAUGCACGCAAGCAGCUUGAACUUGGCAUUCGCGUUGGAAGAAGGAUCUUGGAAGUCGACCCUGACGAUGAGACUACUCAUGUUCUUCUUUCCAACAUCUAUGCUGCCUUUGGCUUGUGGAAGGAUGCUUUAGAGGUAAGGAGGUUGAUGAGGGAGAAAGGAUUGAAGAAGGAAGCUGGAUGCAGCUGGGUAGAGAUCGGAAAUAGGAAGCAUGUCUUUGUGGCCGCCGAUGGUUUCCACGAAAACCGAAAGGAAAUCUAUGAGAAGCUCGAGGAGUUGGAUGAGAAGUGUAGAGACAUUGGGUAUGUUCCCAUGACAGACUACGUUCUCCAUGAUGUUGAUGAAGCUCAAAAGGAAGCAGUCCUAAGAUAUCAUAGUGAGAGAUUAGCAGUAUCGUUUGCAUUACUACACACAGGAAAGAGGAAAGGAGGAGUAAUUCGGGUGAUCAAGAAUCUGCGAGUAUGUGAGGAUUGUCAUAGGUGGAUGAAGUUUGCGUCUGAGGUUGAAGGCAUGGAGAUCAUCCUAAGAGAUUCCAGACGAUUUCAUUCUUUUAGAAAAGGGAAAUGUUCGUGCGGUGAUUACUGGUAGCGAGAAGAAUAUGACAACUUAGGAACACAAAAAAGCAUGUAAGGGUUGAUGGCUGUAGUUUAGUAUGGUAGCCACAACCCAUCGACUAAAGUAUCCAUCAUUCUCGGUUAGCGGUGGAAUUGUCCUGGGAACGCGAAGCUUGUACGCAUAAAAAUUAUAACAUAUUAUUAAAUAAAAAUUUAAUAUAAACAAAUAUAAUUAAAUAAUAAUAUAUUUAAUA